GUUGAACCACUCGCUUUCCAUCCGCUUUUGUGAAAUCAAUCGAAUAUUCUUUCCAGUCGAUUGGCACCACCAUUUUAAAGAGCGGGACACUUGUAGUGCCAAUUAUACCAGCCGAUUUGAGAGUGCGACGUCAUCGACACUGAGGCAACUACAAAGAAAUGUCGAGAAGAAUUACCGGUGGCGAUUUCACUCGCGAAUUGUACUUUGAUCCUAGGGCCGAUCAAUCAGACACAGGCGGCUAUUGGAUUACAGAUGAAGAGCUUCGCGAAAAUUUGUCACAUUUAAUUGACACGGAAGAAAAGAUUGAAAAUGUCACCUAUUACAGCAACCCGCUCUCCAAGUGGCAGCUGACAAACGGAAAGUUUUUUCACGCGUUCAUUGUAAUAAAAACGUUGAAUUGGUGGUGGUCGAUCGAGAAAAACACCGAAUGCAUCACGAUUCAACGCUCCGAGACUAUCGAGAGCGUUUGCGACAUGUAUCAAAGGAAGAAACGGACGACUGGCUGGACUCCGUUGACAAAAAUCACGAAGUAUAAAACAACUGAAGGCGGCAAUACAACAAUCAAAGAUUUCAUCAAUUACAUGUGGAGGAAAGACGUUUUAAACGAAGAUUACCACAUUGUCAGUGCGAAUUGCCAAAAAUUUGCUGCUUUGCUUUUUGACCGAAUCGAAUCACCGCAAAAUCAUCUAGUUUAUUUUGACAAAGCCUCCGAUCAACCGCCAUCCACAGAACGCAAUUGCUACAUGACAGCGGAACAAGUACUCACUGAAGUGCAACGUUUAGGCGUUCCAGAAACUUUGAAAAACUUAGAGUUGUAUCAAUUAACAAAAUUUCGCGUUCCAUGGUUUGUCUGGGAUCCAUUAUUUUUGCUAGGUUUCAGUUUAGUCGCAAUCAGUUACAUUUAUUUAAAAUAUGCGCCAAAUAAUUCGUCUAUAAUCUUUCCCUUCUUUCUUUCUUCUUUCAUCAUUCUCAGCUUCCAGAACAAAAAUAUUUUACUUUUUGUUACAUUUACAUUUGACGCAAUAUUUUACGCCAAAACAGAUAUUGACACUGAUAACAUUAUUUAUUUCGUUAUCUUAAUGUUUUCCUACAUUUAUUUAGUAUACAAAUUUUCAGAAAAGAAUGGCUAUCGAUUAUUUUGGCUAGGUUACAGUUUAGUCGUAAUCAUUUAUAUUAUAGUAAGAUAUGCGUUAAAUAAUUCGUCUUUUAUAAUCUUUUCUUUCUUUCUUCCUGCUUUCGUCAUUCUCGGCUUCCAGAACAAACAAAUUCUAUUUUUUGAUACAUUUACAUUUAGCGCAAUAUUUUACGCCAGAAACGAUAUUGACAUUGAUAACAUUAUUUAUUUCGUUAUCUUAAUGGUUCUCUUCUUUUAUCUGACCAUUACGAAUUCAAAAAAGAAUGGCUAUUCUUUUUAUCCAACUUUCAUGUUGGUGAUUUUUGAAACAAAUGAGGGAACGUACUGGUCAUUCGAACAAGUUCUCUCAUUUUCAAAUAAUCAUGACAUUGGAUAUUUAGUUUCCAUCCAUCGAGCAACGAAUAAAGACAUCCUUUUGAAUAAACACCAACAGACACCACGAAACCCCUUGUUCACUAGUAAACAUUUGAUCAAAGAAGCAAAUGCCGAACGGAGAGAUAUGAUCAAAGUAUUGGAAUUUAUCUGGAAGAAAGAUUACCUGGAUUCCCCGAAUGAUCCAGGCAAUUUCACCUUGGCACUUAGAACCGACUUGGCUCAAAUACUGUACAACAAAUUUAAAGAUGAAUCCAUCGCUCCUGUUUAAUCCAAAUGAAAACCACUGAAUAAGUGCACAGAUUUAUCGUGACAGAAAAACAUCUUUAGCAUUUCGUUGAGAGGAAUAGGUGAUGGGAAACAAGAACAUUUGGAAAAGAAUAAGAAGCUAGGCCCAGAAAGAGACCUCUGUUACCAGUAAUGAGAAAUGCAACAAACUCUAUGAUUCCAGCAUGAAAGACAUUUACGUCACAGCUGAACCUCCAUCAAAGGCUUACCUUCUAGAAACAUGUUCAAUUCUUUCAAUACCUUUUAAAUGGCCUCCGUUUGACUGCAUGUAGAACUUGAUGUUAACAAAUGAAAUAGCAAUAGGCGAAAGACGAUCGGACAGACGACGAUCAACACGUGAACAACCUACCGAAGAUAAGCAGCCCUACUAAAUGAACUUUGAAGUCUGACAUUUCAAAAUGCUGACGUUUAAAGGGGGGACUAGCAAAAGGUCGGCCUUUAUGAAUUUCCUUUUCUCUCCCUUCCCUCUUCUCUAACGCACCUAAUCGAAAACUACCCAAUGUGUCACCUGUUGGCCUCAGGUAAAUUGUCUCGAGUCCUAUAGGGAUGAAGGCCAACAGGCCUCCGCAGACAUGAUACAUCCGUCAUCUCCGUGUUAACACCGGCGGAUUGGAAGUACUUUGACUCGUGUAUGUUUCCAAUUUCCUUGAUUCCCAAUCACAAGACUGAAGAUGUAUUAACUUUGGUAUCAUUUAAAUAUAACAUCAUAUAAUA